AUGGAUGACCAAAAUAAUUUGAUGAGGCAGCUCCUCAACCAAAUAAACUUGGCUAAAAACCUUGGCCUUCAACAACAAGGCAAAGAGAGAAGGAUGGACGAACCCGCUGAUAGGCAGUUCCAUUGGAACCCAACAGAUCGAGUAGGAGUAAGCCGACAAGGAGAUGGACAACAACGCAAUCAGCUUACCAACAUGACCAACGUGCGAGAUAGGCUGGGCCCAAGACCUGACAUCCACGCUCACUUAGGUCCACAGGGAAAUGUUCAUGAAAGACUAGGAUCCCGGGGAGGUCAAACUGACAAUCAUCGUAAUGAGGAUCGUGAAGAAAGGCGCUCCGCUGCCUGCUCGCAGAGAAAUAUUCACAACAGGUUAGGCCUCCAGGGAGGUCAACUUGAUAACCUUCACAAUAAAGAUAAUGAAGAAAUGCGCUCCGCUGCUCGCUCUCGAAGAACCAAUUCUCGUCGCCAAGUCACAGAAAAUCUCUCACAAGCGCAGUCCCUUAACACGCCACCUAGGCAGCGUAACCAAGAAAGUAGAUCCUUGCAAACCAAAUAG